GGAUGAUGGCGUUGCAUGUGAAGAACAGAGAUGCUUAUUAUCAAAGUGCAGAUUACUGCAGGAAUUUCGGCACUCAUCCUUUAAACUAUGGAGAUAGCAGCCAUUAUUUCGGUCGUUUGGCAGGGCCUGAGGCAAUGCUGAAGCCUCCACUCGGCCUGUUUGGGCACCACCAACAGCAGCCGUUCCAGCCCAUGGGCCCUCCACCCACCCUGGGGCCCCCGCCUGUGGUCGUGGACCCAGACUCUCUCCGCUUCCCUCUGCCCAGUCCCCUAACAGCCACAACUCUCCCUCCCCACCCCCACCUGCUCCAGAGGGCCACUAUCCCCCUCCUGCCCCUGGCUCCUGAUCCUUGCUCUGGCCCUUGUCCAUGUCCGUGCCCUGGUCCAAUUCCUGGUCCUCUUCCUGGGCCCGGUCCUGGUCUAGUCCCUGUUCCUGGUCCCGGUCCUCUACUGCCCCAGGCAGCCCCAGCCGGCGUCCAGCCCCAGGAAGAUGACCCUCUACUGGGGGAAGAGGAGUCAGAUUCCACCCUUGAAGAAAUGUGCAAGCCUCUCUACUGCAAGCUGUGUAACGUCACGCUCAACUCUGCACAGCAAGCACAGGCCCACUAUCAGGGGAAAAACCACUCGAAGAAGCUAAGGAACUUCUACGCUGGAAAACAGCAGCCUCCACCAAUCAGAAUACCCGAGAGCACAGAGCCAGUUACCCAGCAACCUCUCACCACCUCCUCAACAGAGAGUGUGCCUUCAAAGCAGCCAGUGCCACUGUCUUUCAAGGGUGCCAGUCGGGUGAUCCUGGCCACAGAGAACGACUACUGUAAGCUGUGCGAUGCCUCAUUCAGCUCCCCCGCCGUGGCUCAGGCCCACUACCAGGGGAAAAACCACGCCAAGAGGCUGAGGCUGGCUGAGGCCCAGCAGGCCUGCAGCACCAUAGACCCGUCCGAGUCCACCCAGCGGCGCCAGAGGAAGGAGGGGAGUGAGUACCGACUGGUCAAAAACCGAAGGACCCUGCAGGUGUCCGCCGCGAUGCCAGGCCCGUACUACAACCCGCGGCCGAGGCAGCGUAUUCCGCGGGACCUGGCCAUGUGCGUCACGCCCAGCGGCCAGUUCUACUGCUCCAUGUGCAACUGCGGCGCCAGCGAGGAGCCCGACUUCCGCCUGCACCUGGAGAGCAAGCAGCACAAGAGCAAGGUGUCGGAGCAGCGCUACCGCAGCGAGAUGGAGACCCUGGGCUACACGUAG